AGGCCACCCUGCAUCCACAAACCUCCCCCAUAGGUAUCUCCUCCUGUAGGCACUCCUGGAACUGGGACCACUCCCAGGACAUGAAAAAUCUGACUUCUCAAGUCAAGGUCAACCUCCCUAUGGGUGGAGAGCCUGUCUUUUGCCUGUGUCCUGUGGUACAUCCUUGGGACUUGGAGAUGCUCCAUGUCCCUUCUGCUCCCAGAGAAGGAGGAAGCAGAGGUUCUCUCCAUCUGUACAGAAUCUGACACACUGUCCACUGCGUGGCUCCAUCUGGGAAGUGAUUGCUCUUCCCUUGCUUGCAGGUGCCCCCCACGGAGCAGGGCCUGAUCUACUUCAGUCAGAUGGCGGCCAGCUACCCCCGUGGAUAUUUGAUCUGGUUUGGCCCCAUUGUCCCAAUGGUCAUCUUCUGCCACCCUGACAUGCUCCGGAGCAUCACCAACGCCUCAGCUGCCAUUGCACCCAAGGACAUGCUAUUCUAUGGCACUCUAAAACCCUGGCUUGGGGAUGGGCUCCUGGUGAGUGCUGGUGACAAGUGGAGCAGCCACCGUCGCAUGCUGACACCCGCCUUCCACUUCAACAUCCUGAAGCCCUAUAUGAAGAUUUUCACUAAAAGCGCAGAGAUCAUGCACGUGAGUCUCUUGAACCCAGCAUUCCAGCUGGAAUCUUGAGGAUAACGGGGACUCAGGAACAUCUCGUCUGGAAUUCUGGAUCUUCCAGUUGACUUUGAGGCCAUUGUUCUCUCUUCUGAACCUUAGUUUCCUUGGCUGAUAAAUAAGUAUAACAUGAGCCUUGUUUUGCAAAGUGGUCAACAUAAUGUAAUGGAGCCAUGUUCCUGGCACAUAGUAAGUGCUCAGAAUGUGUUAGUUUCUCUUUUUCUUCACAGAAGCCUUGG